AUGACAAAAGAAAAAUUAAUAGCAGAACUAGGAAAAAAAUCUUCUUUGUUUGGGGGACCAAAAGGCGGCGAAUUCGAUGACCUUGACAAGAUUGCUAAGGAACUUGGCACUAACAAAACAGGUCUUUUAAAUAGCAAUAAAAUAAAAGAUAUCCACGUAGAAAAGAUAAAAGUCAGAUAUGGAGAAGAAAUUAUAGAUGCAAUUCAAUUCUUUUACAAAGUAGCAACAAAUGAUAAAACUUAUUCAAUUGAGGGUAGUAAGCAUGGAGGUAAUGGCGGAAAAGAAGCAACAAUUAAUUUAGAAACUGGUGAGUAUAUAUUAAGAGUAUCUGGAAAGAGUACUACCAAGUAUGGUAAUGAUGGAGAAUUGUUUGAUUUGCCAGCUUGUGCUUGUAUUUUUGGAAAGAGUGGUGCAAACUUAGACGCUCUUGGAAUGUACGAGGCCAAGGAAAUCAUUCGCCUAAAACGUCAAGAACUCGCCCCGCAAGUGCGAAACGAAAAAGACAGGUUUGAGCAAUUAAUCACCAAUGCUAAAACUAAGGCUGGUAAUCUAGAAAAAAUAAUUGAUUUGCUACUUGAAACCCAAAAACAAAUUGGUGAAAACAAGCAAGGCAACGACCAACUAGCCCAAGCCCGCUUGGAAGGACAAUUAACUGCUUACCAAAACGUCCUUGAAGGAAAUUUAACCAAAGAGGAAUUACAAGCUCUCUUAAAUAAGCAAAUCGAACUGUGCCAAUUAGAAAAACAUUUAGCCAGUUUACAAAUUAAUGAACAAACUGCUCAAAUUAUCCAACCUACUUACGGCAUACCUGAACCUAGCAAAAAUAACUAA